CUAUUCAGUAGGUUCUACCGCUUCCAGCCAUCAACACCGGCCCUGAGUCAGGCAUUUUCCUGAAUAUAGAACUGAGGCUUUUUUCCGUGUCAAAACUACUUCUUUGACCACAACAUUGUCUGCCAUAACAGCAAUGCAAAGUCUAGCCAGACAAUCAAUCAAUCGUUGCACAUGGCGCUUAUUCUCGUUUGACGUUAACUGAACUUGACGUUACUGCCACUCGAACAGCAUUCGACCAGGGACGGUAAGCUUACGCAGCACAAAACUACAGUCAAGCAAUCGAGCCAUACACACAAGCUUUAAAAACCUUGCAUACCAAUCUGACGUCGAGAUGCAGCACAACUACGAUCGUGUAUUUGAAGAUUGUAACCGUGCCAAUAGCGAUGAGAGCUGCAAAAUCAGCAGCAUGCCAGAGGUUUAUUAUCUAGAUUGGGCAAGUUUCUAUCAAUUUAUGCGACACCGAACGAUUCAUGAAUACUACCAAAAGAGUUGCAGAGCGGAUCUACGAAUCAAAGCAAGCUGCAAGAUUAGAGGAAAGCAGAUAAAGACACUAGCAUCGGUGCGCAAUAUGGUGCGCUUAACGAUUUAUGACGGCUACGUGUUGUUUCACUCCAGAAUUAGCAAUGAUGACGACAACAGCAAGCAUCAGCGACUAAGCGAAAGAUACAGCAUUGAUCAUGAAAUACCCAGAUUUCGAAAGUGA